CUUCAAAUAUUCCCAGUACUCAGUGAUGUUAGAGUGAGGCGAAAUAGCUGUGGAACGCUGCACGGUUGUUGUAGAGAUGAAUGCAUUGCAAAUUUACGAUGGUCUGUAAGUGGUCGUGGUUCGCUUCUCCGUUUACGUUUGGAAGCGCUUCUUCGAGAUUUGCCGUCUUACGCAAUGUAUAUUGCAUUAGGAUUCUCGAAUGAUCAACAUAUGGGGGAUGAUACGGUAAUAGAAUGUGCUUACAAUGGUAUUGAUGAAGGAAAAGCAUAUAUAUCCUAUAAUGAUGACAAUUAUAAUGCUCAGUUAUAUGAGGCUACAGCUAUUCUUAUUGUAAAUUCCAGUUUUACCGUAAACGACGACACUUUCAUUUGCUUGCUUGAUGUCGAUUUCAAACGGCUUAAUCGAUUAUCUGGAGAUGAUAAAUCGAAAGUACGCAAUUUAUUAGCACAUCCAUAUUAUCUACAGUUGGUUCGUGGAUCUAUUGAUCAAUAUACAUAUAUAAAGAAGAUGCAUUCAUUAUCGGAUGGUUCACUUUAUCCAUGGAUAACAACAACAAUGGUUAAUAUGUUACGGGAUAAAGAUGGAAAAUAUGAAAAUAUUAAAAAUGUUCAACAAGCUAAAUGGUUUUCACGUAGUACCACGUAUGCGAUCGUAACUUUACACGUAAUCUUAAUGAUUUGGAGCUGGUGGUUUCUCUUAUCAAAUUCAAUAUUACUAUCGCGAUAUUUUAAAACAUUUUGGCCCACCAUACAAAUCGAUGAUAUGCCUAUUUGGUUUCAGCUACAUCGUGGUGGUGCGCUAAUAUCGACAAUGUUACAAACGGUAGCCAUUUUCCUCAUUUUUAUUCAAUCAAGAUUUCAGUUCUAUUUAUGGUGUACACGCCAAUGCACCAUGGAGAUGGAAGUUGAUCGUUCUAUUAGAUCACGAUCGGAUAAAUUAGGCUUGGAUUCCUUAUUUGGGUCUCGGUCUAGAAUGUUUGUUCCAGACACUACUGGCCUUGAUGUAGUGAGGAACUCCUUCAGCUGA